AUGUGCUCAAAAUCGUACUGGAAGCCUCAACAUGAGGCUGCUACGGCAAAAGACUUGCCUCAGACGCCUAGUUCUCAAAGUGCCCCUCAAACUCCCACGAGCUCUGUUGCCCAGUGUGAGUUUGCUCAAGCAACAGAGGAACCAGUGAGUCCAAGUUUACCCUCGGAAACACCAUUGGUCACGGGCGCUAUCUCUUCAAAUGGCCAUAUGACCCAUGUUCUCCGAACACGGGAUGGAUCGAGUCCAGAAGGCGCCACUUCUCGGGAGGUGACGAGCAAUGAUGUGCCACGUAGAGGGCGAGUGGUGCGGGCAUGCGCAACAUGUAGACAGCGCAAGGCAAGAUGUAGUGGAGAAAUGCCCGUAUGUCUGCAAUGUCGCCGACUAAAGGUGAUUUGUAGAUAUCCAUUGGGUUGGAAGCUGGAGAUUGAACGGGAAAUUGAUAGUCUCUCUACAAAGAUCAACGAAUACAGAACCUGUGUUCAAGAUCUUCUAGAUACUGGAGAUCCACCUACUGGUUAUUGGGUACGUUCUCUGUUACGAAAGCACCUUUUGAUGGAGGACACACAUCCCAAAGCAGAGGUUCCAGAUCAAAAAGAGAUCUCACGCGCCACAAGACAAGGGGGAAAGCGUCGUCUGAGUAAAGGAGGGCGAAUACGUAUGGAGAAGGGUGCACAAGGAGUGAAAAUCGGUCAGAAGCAUGGCGAUUUGCUUGCGGAAAAGGACCUACCUUGGGGCGUAGUGUCUGGCCUGAAUGAUCUCUCCAUAAACGUCCCCACAGCAGUGGACAGAUACUGGCUGCCUCCUCGUCACAUUGCGGAUCAGCUUAUUGAAGACUAUUUCACUACUGUGCAUCCUGGGUUUCCGAUCCUGAGUAGACCUGAAUUCCGUGCUCAGUAUUUGAGCGCGUGGAAUAACCCACGGCCACUCGGGGACAAAUGGCUGGCAAUAUUGAACAUUAUAUUUGCCAUCUCAGCCAAGCAUGCCUACUUGACGGACGCUUCGUGGCGUGGAUUGGACAAUGACCAUCUGGUGUAUCUCACUCGAGCAAGACUUCUGAGUAUGACGGAAGUAGAGCUGUUUGGUCGUCCUGAUCCCCAGCAAGUACAGAUUGAAGGCUUGAUUGCUUUCUAUUUACUUGCAUCUGAUCAGAUUGAUAGGGCAUGGCGAAUCUCGGCAAUAGCCGUUCGAUCUGCUGUUACUCUUGGGUUCAGCGAAGUAGUAUCUGAUACCAGCACCAAUGAGGUCAGAAAUAGGCUAUGGCGGUGUCUCUAUAAUCUGGAGCAAAUAUUAGGUCAUAUAACUGAUCGUACAAUCUCCAUCUCGGAGAGACUUUGCUCUACACCCCUCCCACUACCUUUUGAAGAGGAGGAAUUCGAGCAAAAUUCCGCAGCUUUGACGCUGCUCAGAAGUCCCAUGAUUCGGCAUGAGCGAAUUGAUCAGAUCAUGUCAAGCUCGAGGACUUUGCCAAAUGCCGAUAACAAUGGUCAUUGGCGACUCAGGCCACCAGAUGAUGCUUGGCUGAAGCGCAUACCAGCCAAUUCCGGUCUCUAUUAUCUCUUCUAUUCUGACCUUACCAUUUUGCUUCAAGCAAUCAUUGAUAAUCGCCAUUCAACUGCCACAUGUGCAAAGAAGGACAGUCAGAUUGAUGAUCUACAGUCUCAGCUCCAAUAUUGGAGACGAAGUCUUCCGCCAUCACUCGACUUCAAUCAAGUGGAAAUUAGCAGCGGUGUGAGCCACGUGCGGUACAAGCUGAGUCUUGCAUUCCAGUAUCACAGCACCUUGAUUACCCUGGGCCAGUCUUGGCUUCACCGGCGAGGAAAAGAUGAACUCAGCAGCAUGCCACUAUUGAGCCAUGAAAUGGCGAUGCUGACACUAGACGCUGCCAUGCGAACCUUGGACAUCUUUCCUUGUGAGCCGAGUGUUGCACGGCUCUAUCAAAUGUGUCCGUGGUGGUGCGUUCUUCACUACCUCACGCAGGCAGCAAAUGUUGUUUUGCGUGAACUUUCCCUGAGCAGUGUUCACAUGCCUGACGAAGAGCUGCACCUCGUUUGGCAAGCGAAGAAGUCGAUUCGUUGGUUCCAUGCUAUGUCUGUCUACAGUCCUGGGGCAAGACGUUUGUGGCAGAUCUGUGACUCGGCUUUUCGCAAGUUAGCCAGCCGAAAGUUGUACAACACUGAAGACAUUCCAUCUACGCCAAUUGAGCCCACUUUUUCCACUCACAUCAGCUCAAGGCAACCAAUCGAUAAUUUUGUUUUGUCAGAUGAGGCAGACGUUGGAUAUUUUGGUCUCAUGAUGAAAGAUAUCAAUUUGUCAAACUGGGACGAGUUAUAG